CAAAAUGAAGUUUUUAAUGCUCUUGUCCACGUGUUUGGCGGCCGCGACCGCUCAGUACAACGUCGGGGGUGGCUUUGCCAACAGCAUCGCCAACUCGUACGCCGGAGCGUCAUCCGGCGCCAGCACGGGCUUUGGUCCGUCGCAAGUCACCAUCGAAGAGUCGCGUCCGCUUUUCACCCACAACGUGAAGGUUGCUGGCGGGAGUCCGGACUUGGAUAUUUUGAACAAUGCACCAAUAUUUAAAUCUGCAUCCUAUGCCAACGCUGGAGCUUCUGCAGGAGCCUCUGCAAGUAGUGGUGCAGGAGCAGGCGGUGCGGGAAGUCUCAUGCGUAUGCCGGGGCCGGUGCUUACGUUGGAUCCAGAAGCAAUGUAGACUUUUUCCAGUUGCCAGGGGAUGCCGUCAAGAGCUUCUACUACCACGCGUCGAAAGACUCGGUUAGGGCGGGCGCCGAUGCCAACGCCAGGGCGUACGUCGAAAUCAAACCGAAAACCCACUACAAGGUGGUGUUCAUCAAGGCCCCGUCCGUGUCGGC